AGUACUGCCUUCCAAGACAGCCAGAAUAUCAAUCACUUUCACCCACACAAACAACUUGUCCGGUACAUAACCUCCACGGUCGAAGCCAUGGAGUCCUUCGGUGGUGUUAUAUCCCGCGAUGAUCAAUCAUCUUCAGAUCAUCAACAACAAUGGCCCCUUCCGCCAUCUCUGAGCAGCCUCACUCCGAGGUCCCCCUCGUGACCAAGAAUAUCAAAGGCACCGAGAGUGUCCCCAGCAACAAGAACGAUGGGCUGAGCAAGUCACUUGCCGACAUGCUUGGCAACUGGGACAGCUUCACCUUCGCCCCCAUCCGUGAGAGCCAGGUGUCCCGCGCCAUGACUCGCCGCUACUUUGCGGACCUGGACUCGUACGCCGAGUCGGACAUUGUCAUCAUUGGCGCGGGCUCCUGCGGGCUCAGCGCGGCCUACACGCUGGGCAAGCUGCGCCCCGACCUGAAGAUCGCCGUCAUCGAGGCCAGCGUCUCUCCCGGCGGCGGCGCCUGGCUCGGCGGCCAGCUGUUCUCGGCCAUGGUGAUGCGCAAGCCCGCCGACGUGUUCCUCAACGAGCUGGGCGUGCCGUUCGAGGACGAGGGCGACUUUGUCGUCGUCAAGCACGCCGCCCUCUUCACCUCGACCGUGCUGUCCAAGGUGCUGCAGUUCCCCAACAUCAAGCUGUUCAACGCCACCGCCGUUGAGGACCUGAUCACCCGCAAGUCCACCGAGGGCGACGCCGACGUCCGCAUUGCCGGCGUCGUCACCAACUGGACCCUGGUCACGAUGCACCACGACGACCAGUCUUGCAUGGACCCCAACACCAUCAAUGCCCCGCUGGUCAUCUCCACCACCGGCCACGACGGUCCGUUCGGCGCCUUCUCGGUCAAGCGCCUCGUCAGCAUGAAGCAGCUCGAGCAGCUUGGCGGCAUGCGCGGCCUCGACAUGCAGACGGCCGAGGAUGCCAUCGUCAAGAACACGCGCGAGAUCGUCCCCGGCCUAAUCGUCGGCGGCAUGGAGCUGUCGGAGAUCGACGGAGCCAACCGCAUGGGACCGACUUUCGGCGCCAUGGCUCUCAGCGGCGUCAAGGCUGCCGAGGAGGCUCUCAAGGUCUUUGAGCUCAGGAAGUCGCAGAACGGUAACUAAGGAUGCUGCGAGGAACGAUGGAUAUAUAUCAUGUCGGGUACUAUCCUCUCUCAUGCUCUCACUAUCAACAUCUCAACUUCUGUCGCUCGUUUAUGUAGUCAUUUAUGACCUUCCCAAGUCGCCGUACAAGAAUGGAAUAAAAAGAACGUCGCACGGGACUAAGAAG